CCUCCCGCAGGAGGCACCGCGCGGCUUCUCCCCAGCGCCGGCCACGGGCACAGCCCCGCACCACCCCCGGGUCGCCUUCCGUCCUGUCCCCCAGCCCGCUCCCGUCGCGGCUGAGGGGCAGGAGCGCUCAGCCCAGCCCAGCCCAGCCCACCGCAGCGCGGCCCGCUGUGCCCGGGUUGUGAUCGCCCCCCGGCUCGGCCGCUCGGCGCCGCCGUUCCCGUCCGGGCGGUGCGAGGAGGCCGCGCCCGCCCCGGGCUGCGGCGCUGGGGGCCGGGCCGGGCGCUCUGCGGCAGCGCCGGGGCUGCGGUUCCGGAGGAGCGGGUCGGGCCCAGGCGAGGAGCCGGGCCCAGGCGAGGGGCCGGGGCUCUGCCGGUGGCGGACCCGGGCCACCCCCUUCCCGCGGCUCGGGGAGCGCGGGGCUCGGGCAGGGCCCGGCCGGCGGCCGAGGCCGCAGCCAGCCGGGGCCUGCAGUCGCCGGCGACGGGAUGGCCCUGGUGCCCUACGAGGAGGGAGCCGGCUGGGGAGCGCGGCAGCUGCACAGCCCUUCGGCCACCUUCCACUUCGCCAGCCGCACCAUCCGCCUGCAGCAGGACUGGCGGGGGCUGGGGGUGGCGGCCGUGGUCUGGGACGCGGCUGUUGUCCUGUGUGCUUAUCUGGAGAUGGAAGGCAUUGAUCUCAGGGAUCGGUCUGUGAUUGAGCUGGGAGCUGGGACUGGAUUGUUGGGAAUAGUGGCCACUUUAUUAGGUGCUCGUGUUACUAUGACAGACAGGGAGGCAGCACUGGAAUUCCUGGAGUCAAACGUACAGGCUAAUUUACCCUCUGAACUACGUCCGAGAGCUGUGGUGAAGGAGCUGACUUGGGGAAAAGACCUGGAUAACUUCCCUCCAGGAGCAUUUGACUUCGUCCUGGGUGCAGACAUCGUUUAUCUGGAAGAAACUUUUGCAGAGCUGCUUCAGACGCUGGAGCACCUGUGCUCAGAGCAAACUGUGAUUCUUCUUGCCUGUCGUAUCCGCUAUGAACGGGAUCACAAGUUCUUGAAGAUGCUGAGAGACCGUUUCUCCGUAUAUGAGGUCCACUAUGAUUCCAGUAAGGAUGUUCAUAUCUACAAAGCACAGAGGAGUAGUCGCAAGGAUGACUUUUGACUCUACGCCUUGUUAAUAAACCACUGCUGCUGUUCAGUUCUCCCCUUUGUUUCUACUCAAUACACUCAAUCCUAAGCAUAAA